AUGAAACAGCGGCGAAGAGAGCUGGGUGCGUCGCUGGUUGCGCGCGGGGAUGUCGAGGCAGGGGAUGAGCAGAGGAGACGGCUCGUUGCGAGCAGCAGCAGCAGUGAUGGUGGCAGCAGUGAUGGUGGUGGCGACUGGCUGCACAACGACAAGCUGAGGUUUGCCUGGGCGUUUGCGCUUCACGCCUGCGUUGGCAAUGCCAUCUUCUACACCAUCAACAGCCUGUUCUUGGUCUUGCCCACCUUCAUCGACCGCCCCGUGCCGGAGGGCAAGGCCAUCGCCGCAGACAUGAGCUUUACGGCGCAGGUCGGCAACGUGCUGCUGCUGAUAUACAUCUUCUCGCCACGGCGGCCGAAACCAAGCUCCCGGGCGGCCAUGAUCGCGAUGGUUGCCAUUGCGCUCGGCUGUGCACUGGUGAUGGCGUUCUUGUGGAAGGAGACCGUUCGGAACGUGAGCGUCACGCUGUGGACCAUGGCAGCCAUCACGGGCAGUCUUGGCUCGCUGUCGAACCUCUUUGCCUGGAUCUGGUGUUCUGAGCGGGAUAUUCGCCUCGUUCCCGCCCUCUCAAGCGGGAUGGCGGCAAGUGCGCUGAUCCCGUCGCUGUUCUCCAUCAUCAUGGACCCAGGCAAACACCCGCGCUUCAGCCUGCAGGUGUACUACCUCAUCGCCGCCGGCUUCAUGGUGCUGUCGGCCAUAUCCCUCGCCAUCAUCGAGAUUGGUGACGUUGGGCGCGUGCACGCCGGCGAGCAGCCGCUCGACUACGUCGCCAGCAUCAACCGCGAUGGCGCCAUUGCACUCGAGCCGGAGUUUGAUGAGGACUGCGAGCACGAAGCGAGAGCAGGGCACAGCGCCAAGAUCAAGACGAGAAAGGCGCACACUUCCACCAUCAGCAACAGCGGCAGCGGUAGUGGCAGUGGAAGGCACAGCAACACCACGCCCACACCGAACAACAGCGACACGUCACGAGAAGACACGCCACUGCUGCUGCCCGCUGCCGGCGCCGGCGGGUGGAGCGAUACGCGCAUGGUGACCGGGUACACCCCCAACGCGCCGCUUGGGCGUGCCAUAUUGGACACGCUGCACUCCCACCGGCGGCUGGUCGGGUUUAUGGCGGUGCUGUGCUGGUGCGGCUCGCUCAUCUUUGGAUGGCAGCCGGGCAUUGUGCCGUAUCUGGUCCCAGACGGCCGGCCCCUCGUCACAUACCAAGUCUGCGGCCAGGUCGCAGACGUCAUUGGACGCGGCGCCGCUGGUCUCGCCGUCUUCAAGGGCAAGCAGAUAUUCACCUUCUGCUACGGCGUGGCAGCCACGCGCAUCCUCAUGAGCGCGGGCGAGUUUGUGCGGCAGCAGCACCCGACGCCGAUUGCUGUCGACCGCAUCCUGCAGCUGAUGGGCGCCUCCACCAGCAUGGGCAGCGGCUUUGGCGGCGUGUGCGUCUACUUUGUUGUCCGCGCCACCCAGCACAGCUGA